AUGGGGCCUCCGCCACCUCGUCGCCUUCGCAAGAAGCCCCACUUUCCCACCAAUCUCGCUUCACUGGCCUCGGCACUUGUCCUCCUCCUCGCGUCGGCAUUUAGUUUAACUCUUCAUGCCUCCGUCGCGUCCGCGGCGCCCGGCGAUCCGGAUUAUGCGGACGCGCUGGCCAAGGCGAUUUUGUUCUUCGAGGGGCAGCGCUCCGGGCCGUUGGAUCCCGCCACCACCAGGGUGACGUGGCGCAACGACUCGGGCUUGCAGGACGGCGCGAAGAACAACGUGGAUCUGGUGGGCGGGUACUACGACGCGGGCGACAACGUGAAGUUCGGGUUCCCCAUGGCGUAUACCGUGACGGUGCUGUCGUGGGUGGUUGUGGAGUACGGGCGCCAGCUGGACAUUCAGGGGCAGCUCGGGUACACUCUGGACGCGAUAAAGUGGGGCUCCGAUUUCCUGCUCAAGGCGCACACUGCGCCGAACGAGCUGUGGGGCCAGGUGGGCGACGGCAAUUCGGACCACAGCUGCUGGCAACGGCCAGAGGACAUGACCACGGAUCGCACAGCCUACAAGAUAGACGCCACCCACCCCGGGUCCGACCUGGCCGGGGAAACCGCGGCAGCCAUGGCUGCAGCGAGCAUGGCGUUUGCGGGGAAGGACACGGCGUACUCGAACCUGCUGCUCACGCACUCGAAGCAGCUGUUCUCAUUCGCAGACACGUACAAGGGCGCGUAUAGUGACGUGAUUACGAACGUGCAGAACUUCUAUCGCUCGUGGAGCGGGUACCAGGACGAGCUGGCAUGGGCGGCAGCGUGGCUGUACAAGGCGACGGGCAAUGCGAGCUACGUGAGCUACCUGGUGACCAAGGACGGCACGCUCAAGGCCAGCACGGAGCGCCUCUCGGAGUUCAGCUGGGACAACAAGUACGCGGGCGUGCACAUUCUUAUGAGCAAGUACCUCCUGGCGGGCACGAACCCAGCAGGCAGCAGCGCGCUACUGGGCAGCUACAAGCAGGGCGCGGAGUACUAUGUGUGCAACCAAAUGCCUGGCCACUCCGCCCCAAAGCUCCCGCGCACACCGGCCGGGCAUCUGUACAUCUCGGGGCGCGGAGUGAACAACCAGUACAUCGUCAACAUGGCCUUCCUCUCAUCCGUGUACGCUGAUUACCUGGCGGGGGCAGGCGCCACGCUCACGUGUGGAAGCACUGUGUUCAAGCCCAGCGACAUUGUUGCCGAGGUCAAGGCGCAGGUGGAUUACAUGCUGGGAAAGAACCCCCUCAACCUCUCCUACGUGGUGGGCUUCACAGCCAACUACCCGCGCCGCAUCCACCACCGGGGGGCCUCUGUGGUCUCGUACAACGUCGACCCGCGCCCCAUCGCCUGCGGUGCCUCCUUCUCCUACCUCUAUGUGGACGCACCCAAUUCCAACGUGCACAUUGGGGCUGUUGUCGGCGGGCCCAAGGGCGAUGGGACGGACAGCUAUUCAGACGUGCGCAACAGCUACGAGUACGGAGAGCCCACCACCUACAACAACCCGGGUCUUGUAGGAGCUCUCGCCCGCCUCCUAGUCGGCACUCUCCCUCCCGGCCCCCCACCUCCGCCCUCGCCUCCCUCUCCGCCUCCUCCCCCCAGCCCUCCCCCAUCCCCCCCCUCUCCGCCCAGCCCCCCGCCUGCUCCUCCUUCGCCUCCGCCCCCACCGUUCUCAGACGUGACGGUGCUCUGUUCCAUCGUCUCCUCAUGGACGGACAGCAACGGCCCACAGAAGCAGUGGAACUGCGAGGUGCGCAACGAGGGCAUCUACGCCGUGCGGGGCAUCACUCUCACCGCCACCUCCUUCUCGCCCAACUCCCUCUGGAACAUCGACCGCUCGCUCGUCCUCCCCGACUGGGCCGCCAACCUCAACCCGGGCGGGUCGGCGGGGUUUGGAUUUAUCCAGAACGCGGCGCUGACUCCGGUGUUCCGCGUGGUUUCGUACACGUCGAACGCGCCUCCUCCUCCGCCUUUCACGGAGAAACCGCCGCCGCCGCCGUCGCCGCCGGUGCUUGUGCCAGCUCCCCCACCCCCAUCACCUCCCUCCGCCGUGCAGCCCUCUCCUCCUCCCCCGUCGCCUCCCAUCCGCCCCCCUCCUCCGCCGCCCAAGCCUCCCAGCCCCCCUCCUCCUGUUAUAACGCCAGUGACAUUCCUGCAGACCAUAGACGCCACGGUCCCUCCCGCCUUCAACGCAUUCAACUUAACCAUCAUCUCUGAGGCGCCUCACAAUACCCCAGUGACGUUCCUACAAACCAUAGACGCCACGGUCCCCCCCGCCUUCAACGUGUUCAACGUGACCAUCAUCAACUACACCAACAAGACCAUCACCUCACAAUCGUCUCCCGCCCUCUCUCCCUCCCACUCCCUCCCCCCUUCUUCUUGCAGCUCCAGUGACAUUCCUGCAGACCAUAGACGCCACGGUCCCCCCCGCCUUCAACCUAACCAUCAUCAACUACACCAACAAAACCAUCCUCACACUCAAGAUCUCCCUCCCUUCCUCUCUCCUUCCCCUUCCCCCCUCUCUAUCACAGCCCCAGUGACAUUCCUGCAGACCAUAGACGCCACGGUCCCGCCCGCAUUCAACGUGUACAACGUCACAAUCAUCAACUACACCAACAAAACCAUCCUCUCUCUCAAGAUCUCCGCGAAAAACCUCGCCCCCCUCUCCCGCUGGGGCCUCAUAGACCACCCCACCGCUCCCGGGUUCUUCACUCUCGUUCCCAAGAUGUUCCCCAUAAGGCCGAACGAAGCGGUUACUCAGCUGGGGUACUUGCAGGUUGGGGCUGGGGCCACGUUCACGGCUGCGGCAAUGACCACUGCGCCUGCUCCCCCCUCGCCGCCUAAGAAACCGCCCCCGCCCAAGCGCCCACCGCCGCCACUGGUUUGA